ACAUUUGCUUUUUGGUCAUAAUUCAAGGUUAGGGUUAGCAGUGUGAUUACGGUUAGAGUUUAAAAUCAAAUUUUAAGAAGAUAAAUUGUAGAAAUAUAAUGAGUUGUGACUUUGUAGCUGUGGUACCUAGUGACGACCAACAUGCAGGAACGGCCAGAAUUAGGCCCACAGUUCACUUUCUUGAAGCUGGGGGGCAAUGUUGAGUCGAUAUAGAAUAUGGGGUUUCCAUGGAAAUAGGGGAACGCUGACUUCUCGCUCAGCAGACAGUAAGGUGUCAAACAAACAUUCAUCAGCUGUUUUGUGAAGUUUUAGCUAGCCAACAUGGGUAAGAAGAAGUCAUCAGAUGAAGACAAAACUACGUUGGCGGAGGCCUUUAUCAAUUUUCAGCUCCAAGUUAAGCGAAAGGAAAUACAUGAGUGCCAGGAGGAGGUCAGUCAACUCGAGACAAAGAAACAAAGAUACACAGAAUUGAGGGAGCAGUUGAAAGAGGAGCAGUUGGGGCACAUCAAGGUCUUGCGGAAGCAGGCUAAAGAACAGGAGAGUAAGCUGGAGCAGAGAGAGGUGGUCAAUAAAGAGCAGGUGGAGCAAGCUCUGCAGCAGAACUUGGAGCUAGUCCGCAGCCAGGAGAAAGAACUGGCAGAGCUGCGCGCUGAAGUCAUCCGCCUGGAGGAGGAAGUGCUCGUCUUGCAAGCUGAGAGGCACAUCAGGCAGGAGUAUAAGAUGGCCGGAAGCCAAGAGCACCAGCAGCAGAUCCAGCACCUGGAGGCUGAGCUGGCUCAGAUGCAGAAGGGGUUUCAGGAGAUGGCAGACAACAUUCAGCGCUCUCUUGAUGUAACUUUCAAUGAAAUUGACAAGAAGACAGUGCAUCUCAUAGAUGACAAAAAACAACUGGCUACAGAGAGGGCCAUCAAACACCUUGACAAGCACAGCCGACAGGAGAUCAAAGAGAAUGAGUGGCUGAAGAGAGAGCUUGCUAUUUACACAAGAGAGGUAUCCAUUACAGCAUUGGCCGUCCAACAACUGGAGGAGGAGAAUCUUGAGCACAUGAGUCAACUGUUUGAGCGUCGCCUGGAGGACCUGCAAAUCUCUAGAAACGUCUUCCUGACUCAGGCGGCAGGCCUGGGACCCUCUGACUCCACAAUACAGGAGACCAUUAUGAAGAACGGGGUAAGCAGCAGCCCCGUACCUCCCCUCCACCCAGCAACAGAAGCAUGGCGGGCUCAAAAGCAGGCCAAAGAGUUGGAGAGGGAUGAAACAAGUGGCAGCUGCAGUGAGGCAGCCUACAGGCCAACAGAGGACCCCCUUCAGGACCUCAGUGUGCUUCUGUACGGCAGCCAGACCUACCUGCAGAGAGACAUGCACCUGGGCCCUCUGGAGAUUAAGCUGCUGACUGUGGUGGGCCAGGCUCUUCCCCUGCACCCUGUGCCAUCCGAGACCCCCGGCUCCAAAGGCUCCUCCUCAGCUCCAGAGAUGCUCCAGGCUCCCGAAGACUGGCCCCUCACUGCCCGCAUCAUCCACAAGAGGUUCAAGUAGCCAGGCCCAAGCACUAAUACACACACACCUUUGUAAAUCUAGCAUUGGCCUCAUGUUGGGAUCAGAGACAUAUUACCAUUAAACCUGCAAUGAUACUACAAACUCAA